CGUAGGCGAAUACUCUGUUCUGUGACAAACUGACCGACCUAUAAACCUAUGUACAUAUAUCGCUAUAGGAUCAUUAUCAUUGAUUACGUCCCAUAUCUAUGUCCUUGAAAUGUCUUAUCAGGUGGGAUUAGUGUUUUUGACCGGUGGCUUGUAGACUGUAGUUUAGUAGUAUUGUUUACUUGUAUCGAGUGGGCUGUGAUUAUGGUCAGGUAUUGAGUGUUGAUGCUGUGGGUGUUUUGAUUCAUAAAUCUUAAACGUAAUUGGUCAACAUGGACCGGACAAUGUAUGGGAAGGUGUUGCCUGGCACUUAUUACCCGUUCCGCUGCGCUAUGAAGGAGAACGGAAUAUCGCCCGGCUAUGCUCUGCUGGCUGAUCUCCAGAACUCUAUAAACCCUGGACGCGUCAGUAGUCCGGGGAGGACAACUUCCCCUGGAGGUAGGACAGUGUCCCCAGGACGAACCGGCUCCCCGUUGGGUCGAGGCAGUUCCCCCGGCAGCCUCAGCUCCCCAACUUCCACUGGUUAUGGCUCCAUCAACGGUUCGAGGAACAUCAGCUCGGAUUACGCUAAACCCGCUUCCCCGACCUACCAGAACACAACAUCAGUUCACGAGAAAAAGUUUACGAAUUUCACCAACUCCCCGGCGUACACACCACAAGCCAACAGCCACAGUCACAGUCAAAGCCACAGUCAAAGCCAUAGCCACAGCCAGCCCCAGCCAGGCUAUGGCCGGACCGGUCGCAACCUGUCUGAACUCGACACUCUUUUGGACGACCUGAGCAACGCCAGAUACGGCAACUAUAUGGACAAGUCAUACAACACGCUGCAAACUGAGAGAAACGAUGGCUACUCUCGCACCAAUGGUGCCACGAGCCCCUCGUCCAGGCCCACUGUGGACUCCUUACUGGACCAGCUCAGCACCGACGUAACUAAUGGCCGUUCGUCUGUAUCUCCGAUCCCAUCCGGUACUCUCCCGCGACCUGGCACCAAACAGGUGACGGUGACCGUUCAAGAGACGGUGGUCGAACCAGCCCAGCCACCACCACCACCACAGGCCACCACCGUGAGACACCAUCACGCCUCCAGCGCUACUAAGGAGCUGGACGACUUGAUGGCAUCCCUCUCAGACUUUAAGGUAAGCGGCGGUGCAGGUCCAGGCGAACAAGGGACCCACGUGUACAGAGAGAGGAAAGCCUGGGAGGAACAUUACCGCAGCCCGCAACCGGAGGCCGCUUCGCUGGAACACAUGCUUGGCUCUCUUCGAGCAGACAUGAGCCGCCAAGGAGUACAAACACCCCAGAAGGGAUGCUGCAACGCCUGCGAGAAACCGAUCGUCGGACAGGUCAUCACAGCGCUGGGACGCACGUGGCAUCCCGAGCACUUCACGUGUGCUCAUUGCAACCAAGAGCUCGGCACCAGGAACUUCUUCGAGCGCGACGGCCACCCGUACUGCGAGCCCGACUACCACAACCUGUUCUCACCGAGAUGCGCCUACUGCAACGGACCGAUCCUGGACAAAUGCGUGACGGCGCUGGAGAAGACCUGGCACACGGAGCACUUCUUCUGCGCUCAGUGCGGCCAGCAGUUCGGGGAAGAAGGAUUCCACGAGAGGGACGGGAAACCGUACUGUAGGGCCGAUUACUUCGACAUGUUCGCGCCGAAGUGCGGCGGCUGCAACAAGCCGAUCAUGGAGAACUACAUCUCCGCCCUGAACACACAGUGGCAUCCUGACUGCUUCGUCUGCAAGGAAUGCCGCGAGCCUUUCCACGGCGGUUCAUUCUUCGAGCACGAGGGCCAACCGUACUGCGAGACUCACUACCACGGGAAGCGAGGAUCUCUGUGCGCCGGGUGUCACAAGCCCAUAGCCGGGAGGUGUAUCACGGCGAUGUUCAGGAAGUUCCACCCGGAACACUUCGUCUGCGCGUUCUGCCUCCGCCAGCUCAACAAGGGCACCUUCAAAGAACAGAACGACAAACCCUACUGUCACGCCUGCUUCGAUAAACUCUUCGGCUGAAACAGCACACUAGCGGCUCCACAGCUAUGAUACAAUAGAGAACUCGUCACAAAAUAGUUUCUUGAAAUGUCCUUGAAAUACAAGUAACUUCAAUGAUUUGAAAAGACUUGAGAAUAUAACAAAAGCGAUAUCGUAAACAGUGAUCGACAUGUUUGAAUCAUUUAAGGAAAAAGUAAUUUUCAUGUCAUUAUUACGUAUAAGUUAAAAAAUAUAUGUAAUUUUGAACAACGAAAUCUAAAUUUGCUUAUAAAAAGCAUUAAAAUAUAUAUCUUUUCAAAUUCUGCUCGCUAAAGUUUCAAUUCAGUACUAAAUUAUAUAUAUAUAUAUAUAACUCAGCAUAUAUUUUAAACGUACAGACAGACAUCUAACGAUAUUUGUUAUCGAAUAUCAGAUAUACGACGCACAACAAAUUGCUCAUUUUGUAUGUUUACUCUUAGUUAAGAUAGAUGGCACUAGCGGUGUCCUUGAGAACUAUUGUUAAAAUGUAUGUAGCCUUCAAAAUAAAUCUACAAUAAGUGAAUCGAUUAAUGAUAUAUACGAGUAACGUUUAAUUAAUAUGUAACGAGGGAGCUGUGUUCGUGUGACGGAACUAAAUUAAUUAUGUGAUUAGACACGUCGGUCUAAACGUCAUAGACGCCAUGUUUGGAAUUAUUCUGUUGUAAGCGUAAACAAAAUGGCACGUUAUUAAAAAUAAAGGCCUGUGUACACUUGAUGGAUUUUUUUUUUUCGCUUUGUUAUAAUAAACAUAACCUCGAUUUAAUAUUAUAUUAUAAUAUAAUUUAUAUGCAUUUUCUUAAUAUUUUUUUUAUUUUAAAAACGUUUAAGUCGAAUCUUCCAUUAGUGUAAAGUUUUUUUGGUACAUUUAUAAUGAUUUUUGUUCUGUUACUUCCAUUUCGUGGCUCGUUAGUUAUGAUGAGUGCCAAAAUUCGUUUAAUCUCGCCUUCGCCGAUAUUUUUAUAGCAUUGAUGUCUCCGACUCGUACCGCAAACAAUUUUGUUGUUUAUAUUUACUACACCGAAAGGUCAUAUUUCCGUGAAACUGUUUUCAUUGUACCACGAUUUUAUUGAAUCUGUAAUAUUUUAACAAAUAUAUUUUGUUUUUGAUAAUUU